AUGGAGGAGCCAGGGAGAGGAAGUCGACCAAUAAGGAUUAGCCGCGCGAGCAAAGGCUGUCUACCAAAUUACCUAAAAACUCUUCUUCUGGAAUCGAGACCAUAUCUACUGUACGCUGUCGUUCCAGUCACGUCGAAAAAGGAAGGCAUUAGUAUUUAUAUCUCAAUUCUCUCACUUGGUUCAGCAUUUUUCGCAUUGAUAUGGGUGGUUUGCUUUUCUGUUAAGGUUCUAGCCAGGCUGAUGGGAUGCCGGAAAAACCGAGCUGAAACUCAAACCGCAGAAUUUGAAUCUGCUCCAGGUUCGACUUCUUUACGUCAAGGGUUGAAAUCUGAGAAGGGAUGGUUCGUGGCUAAUAAUAAUAAUAAUAAUAAGUGGAUUUCAGUGAGUUUUUCUAUUGAUGCUCCAAUUGAUGAACACGGUGAUUGUUUCAAGGAAAUUUUACAGAAGAAGAAAGAUUAUAUCUGGCCGCAAUAAACCUGGGAGUUCUCACUAUCGCUUUCUCAUAAUAGCUAGAAAAUAGGAAAUCUUUCCCAUGCUUUAUUAUUUGGGAUUUGAAAGUUAAGUGCAACAGUUUUUCAGGAACUGUUAAAUAACUGGGUUUUUUCCUCCUGUAUUUCUUAGGCAUUGUAGUUAGAAUUACAUUUUUUUUACG